GUUUCUUGGGUUCAUGUCAGGACAAGUUCGAGCUGAAGUAGCUGUCUGAGAACCCUACGAGCGUGGGUACAAAUCUUCUGCCAGUGUGGAUUGGAACACACUUGACAAUUCGAAGUUGCUUUGCUGCGUUUGUAAGAUUGUACUGUCGCCGGGCCCGGACUAACACCGUGCACCAGAGCUGUAGCCUGAGUCUAGCUGUCAGCUUAGUAAGGUGCUUUGGAGCAUUGAAGUUUUUGUAAUUCAUAGUUUGGCGCAAUUUUACCUGGCUGCGUUACUGGCGUUAGGACGCUAUAUCUAGCUGCACGACACUAGUGGAUUGCUGUACUACUACUAGUAGUAACAUUCACUGCCGAUCGAGUGGGCGGAAAGCUGUCGAGGUUUUGGUGUCCGGCUUGUGCAAACUCAGUCACUAGUAGAACGUUAUUCGAGUCCGAGCUGAGAUGACGGAGAGUGACGUUGGCUUCCAAGACAACACCGUGAACGAGAUGAGAGAGACGGCCCUGCCCAGGACGGCGCCCCGGGACCCAGACAUGCGGGACACCGUGAAGCAGGUUCGGACCAGGCUGCGACAACAGAUCCGGAUCAACCGACGUGUGCUUCAGCAGAACAGAGCAUUCUGGGAUACGUUUGAAACCCGCAACAGCAGCAACAUGGCGGACGAAGGCAGAUUACCGACGAAGAUGGAGGUGGAUUAUAGCGCCACCGUGGACGAAAAACUACCUAUAUGUGAAAACCUUGCCAAGGAGGGCAAGCUGCAAGAAGCCCUGGACAUUCUACUGUCUUUGGAGAAGCAGACACGAACGGCAGCCGACAUGCACUCCACAGCUCGGAUCCUGGUUAAGGUGGUCCAGCUGUGUUUUGAACGCAACAACUGGGAGGCUCUGAACGAGAACAUCAUCCUUCUGUCCAAGAGGAGAAGUCAGCUCAAGCAGGCGAUUACCAAGAUGGUGCAGGAGGCAGUGACAUAUGUAGACAAGACACCAAAUAUGGAGACCAAACUCAAACUGAUCGACACCCUCAGGACAGUCACCGAAGGGAAGAUCUAUGUAGAGAUUGAGAGGGCCCGACUGACACGUAUUCUAGCUAAGAUCAAGGAGGACGAGGGAAACAUUACUGAGGCUGCAAACGUACUGCAAGAUCUACAGGUGGAGACGUUUGGUUCCAUGGAGAAGAAGGAGAAGGUGGAAUUCAUCCUUGAACAGAUGCGGCUGUGCCUGGCCAAGAAAGACUACAUCCGCACACAAAUCAUCAGCAAGAAAAUCAACACCAAGGUCUUCUCAGAGAAGGAUACAGAGGAGCUGAAGCUGAAGUACUACCAGCUGAUGGUUGAACUGGACCUACACGAGGGCUCGUACCUGCAGAUCUGUAAACACUACAGGGCCAUCUACGAAACAGACACAGUGAAGGAGAACAAGGAGCAGUGGCAACAGGCUUUGAAGUGUGUUGUGCUGAACCUGGUGCUGUCACCGUACGAUAAUGAACAGUCAGACCUGCUUCAUCGCGUCUAUGAAGACAAGAACUUGGAGGAGAUUCCAAAAUACAAGGAGUUACUGAAGAACUUCAUGACGGCUGAGUUGAUGCGUUGGGGUUUUGUGUGUGAGAUCUACGAGCAGGAGCUGAGAAAGGGGUCGGCAGACAGCCCCGCUACCGACAUCUUCCCACACACUGAGACAGGGGACAAGCGCUGGGCCGAACUCCGCAACAGAGUAGUGGAACAUAACAUCCGCAUCAUGGCCAAGUACUACACCCGUAUCACCAUGAAGAGAAUGGCCCAGCUGUUGGACCUAUCUGAGGACGAGACAGAAGAGUUCUUGUCCAAACUUGUGGUGGACAAGACGGUGUACGCCAAGGCUGACCGACUGGACGGCGUGGUGACGUUUGCUCGACCCAAGGACCCCAACGACAUCCUGAACGAGUGGUCCCACAACCUGAACCAGCUCAUGCAGCUGGUCAACAAAACCACGCACCUCAUCACUAAGGAGGAGAUGGUUCACAAGCUCCAGCAUUGACACUUCCACUGUCCUUAGACUUAGACAAAGCCGUAAACAAGGAAUUGUAAAAAAAUCGUAAGCCAAUGUCACCAUGUUGGAUGACUUAGUCUAGUCAAGAGCAACUUACUUAUAGUACUGGGAUGGCUUCGUCUUUCAAGCUUAUGAUGUGAGUUUUUUGUGUAUAUUCCAAAUAUAAUCUGUAUCAUUGAUCCACUGUUGAAUGAUACUAAGUACUUCGUCCCGCUAUCACAUGGUUUUGUACCAACAACAGGAUACCAAGCUAUAAAACUCAUAUAACUUUAGAGAAUUAGUGAGGAAAUAAAUUGAUUACUUGAUAGCUAGA